GAUAAUUCUCUCUGGUGUCGGGUCGCAGUGCGCAGGCGCAGCCCGGGUGACGAAGAUGGUGCUCAUCAAGGAAUACCGUGUAGUGUUGCCAGUCUCUGUGGAAGAGUAUCAAGUCGGGCAGCUGUUCUCUGUGGCUGAGGCCAGCAAGAAUGAGACAGGAGGAGGAGAAGGCAUCGAGGUGCUGAAGAACGAGCCGUACGAGAAGGACGGGGAGAAGGGACAGUACACGCAUAAAAUCUACCAUCUAAAGAGUAAAGUCCCGGGGUUCGUCAAGUUGAUUGCACCAGAGGGGGCGUUAGUUUUUCACGAAAAGGCUUGGAACGCCUACCCGUACUGUCGCACCAUCGUGACGAACGAGUACAUGAAGGACGACUUUAUGAUAAAGAUCGAGACGUGGCACAAACCUGACAUGGGAACACUAGAAAAUAUCCACGACCUGGAAGAGCAGACGUGGAGGACUGUCGAGGUGGUUCCCAUAGAUAUCUCAAACAAAGAAGAAGUGGUCGUCGGGGACUAUAAGCCAGAAGAAGAUCCGGCUCUUUUCCACUCCACCAAGACAGGCAGAGGACCUCUGGGCCCUGAGUGGAAGGAUGAGCUGCAGUCAGAUUGUCCUCACAUGUGUGCAUACAAACUGGUGACUGUCAAGUUCAGGUGGUGGGGUCUGCAGACCAAAGUGGAAAACUUCAUCCACAAGCAAGAAAAGCGUAUUUUCACCAACUUCCACCGCCAGCUGUUCUGCUGGAUUGACAGAUGGGUUGGUUUGACCAUGGAGGACAUCAGACGGAUGGAAGAGGAGACCCAAAAAGAGCUCGAGGAGAUGCGUCAGAAGGGAGAUGUGCGAGGGACCUCAGCGACAGACGAGUAGAGGCCCGUCACUGUAGGUCAAACUCUAGAGGCAGGCUGACUGCGUAGUAAAGGUCCGAUUCGAGGCACCAGUGCUGCUCAUGAGCAAUGAGGCAAAUCAACCAAACCCUGUCAUGAUGAUGUCAUCAGAGACACACGUCCACCAACGUAUGAGGAAGCGGCCCCCCCCCCCCCCCCCGCCGCCGCCGCCGCCUCUUCUUCUUCUCUUCCUGUCUCACAUGAUUCAUUGUGGGGUUUGACAAGAUUGGUUAACAGUACUGUACAGCUCCCACCCCGAUCACCACGCCUCCUGUUCACUCAGAAAACAAACAAACAAACAAACAAACAAACAAACAAACAUGGUUUUUGCAUACAUAUAAAAAGAAAAAAAAAAAAACUCUUUGCACAGAACAGUAACUUGCCUGACAUGUAAUUGUUAGUUGAUUAUUACAAUGGGCUUUGUUUUUAUUCAGGUGUGUAAACCGUGACUCCGAGUCAAGCCUUUUAAAUUCACUAGAAUGUUUUUAGUCGACAGGUUCCCACAGAAAUCGGUUUAAAACUUACGAGCAGGUAUUGGACCGUGUACCCCCCCCCUGUAUUAUAACUGUCUGUCUCUACUUUAAUCCUUGUCUCUCCCCUCAAUAUCGUCUCAAAUUUGUCUGGAUCUCCUCCUCAUCCUCCUCCUUGUCUCACCGUCCCCUCUGUCUGGCAGUUUGUUUAGGAGUACUGAUAUUUUUUUAGUUUGACUUUUUAAUUUCGAGGCACCAGAGCUAAAUUUAAUGCAUGACAGAAAAAUUCUCCACACACACACACAGACGUCCAACAUUUCAACAUGCUCCACCUCUUCCCCCUCCGCCCUCCGUCACAAGUGCAUGUGGACAACAGCGACUCCUCAACUUUAAAAAAAAACGCAUCGCAUGUGUUCUGGUCGCUGCAGUGCAGCUUCGCUCAAGUGGAUUCUUCAUGUAGAUUAUUUCUUAUUUUCACCAUGUGUAGUUUUUUUUCUUUUCUUUCUUUUCAGCUACGUGAACCACAGGAAUGACUUUUCUUAUUUCUAGUUUCCGAACGAAGAAACGGUUUAAAACAUUUCAUGUUGAUCUGAAAACAGGCGGCGUUCCUUCUCCGGCUUUCUUUCUUUCUUUUUAUUUCUCGGGCUGCGUUGACUCGACGUCGUACCCGUUUUAUCACAGCGACGGCUCGCUUUCUUUUGGGAGAGUUCAUGCAGAUCCUGUCGGGGCUCUUGGCUUCAAAUAUUUUGUGAUGUUUUUAUAUCAUAAGUAGCUUAGCGCAGUUCUGCAGCUCUGAUUAUCGGAUCAGGUAUGAGCGUGUUAGGUUUGUGUCUGUGCGUGGUUAAUGUUGGACAGGUUUAAGUGUACUUUAUUAUAAUAAUAAUAAUAAUAGACAAACUGUACAUACAAAUACUGACUUGAAUGGAAUAUUACACAGCUACUCAGCAUCGUCAGGUCUAUCAUUCAAUACUGUACUGCUAAAACUUAAGUUAUGUAGUCGGAGCAGGUGGUGUCAGCUCUGUGGACAGCGUGUCUGUCAAACUGUCCACGUGUUUAACCGUACCUCAUCCACGCUUAUGAAUGUACAGCCACGAGACGGACGUGUCAAACUAUGCAGGACGUGUCUUGAGCUGCAGGAACACUGAUAUGUUUCAACACCUGUACAUGCAUGACGUGGAGCCGUUAUAUCACACACACACACACACUCUAGAUUCGGAUCUGCAUGCCUGCAACACCUUUUCUUUAACUCUUUCAUCUCGGUUCAUUCUCAGUUUGAUCAGGACAUCAGCUGAACUGCAUCAGACAAAGAAGGGAAAAACAUUUUAAAGGCCGAGGUAGGGGACGGGACGGUGGCUUCUCCUCCUCCAAAUCAAAACCAGAUUCUGCUCCGACCUCAGACGAUGUCGCUGAGGAGUGAAAAGCCCGAGUCUGAGUUUGAUGCUGACGAGGAGUCGCCCCGUCCCCCCCCUGUCCUCCCGUUAAGAUGAAGGAGGCUGUGUGAUGUUCAGUUUGUAGCAUUACCAGUGACGCCAGCCCAGAGUCUGACUGUGAGGGGAGGGAUAGACGCUUAGGGAACAGACGGAGUCCAAAAUACUGUUUUUCUUUCUUGUAAUCAUGAAUAAGCACUUGCAAAAUCUACUGUUUUUUUUUUUUUUUCUUGUGUUUUUGUUUUUGAAAAACAAAGAUUCACAAUGUAUUCAAUUCUCUCUUUUUCUGAUAAGGCAAAAUUCAGGGGAAUUAGUAGUGAAUGUAAAACGAUUAGUUCCUUUUUUUUGUUUUUCUUUUUCUUUUUCACGGCUUUCAGGCCGUGACAGAAGGUCUAGACAAUGGAACAUAACAGAAUAUCUAAUAAAUUUGAACAAAUAAGAGAAUCGACGUGCUGUUUCCUGUUCUUGUGUCUCUGUCGGGGUGCUUUUUAUUUUAUUUUUAUUUUUUAAUCUCGUCACCACGUUCGCUCAAAGUCGCCUGAAAGAUUCUGGAAAUAUGAAAAAUGGCUAAAAACAACCAGUUGUUGUUCCUGAUUAGGAAAUGUAAAUUUGUAAUUUCAUAUAGAAGUCGACACAUUCAAGCUUCUGUAAAGCUGCUAGAUGUUAACGGUAAUUAACUAUGAUUAAUGUCUCAAAGUACGCCAUGUUGGGUCCAUGAAUUUGAGAGUGUUGGGGGGGGCCUGGAAAGUCCUUGAAUUUGAUGUUUUAAGAGGUUGUGGAAAUCCUGAUUUCAGGCUGUAAACAUUUUGAAAUAAAAGAAAUACCAAAAAAAA